AUGUAAUCAACAACAUCGUACGAUGUCUGUUAACGAAAUCGCGAUAUUUCGCGAGAUAUGGUGGCCCAUCGUCUCGAGACCGGCAACGUUUUCGCGUCUUCCGUGAAUGUACCGAAGCAGAGGCGCACUUUCUGCAAGAAGUGCAAGGUGCACAAACCACACAAAGUGACCCAGUACAAAAAAGGCAAGGAAAGGAGGUUCUCACAAGGUAGAAGACGUUAUAACAGGAAGCAACAGGGAUAUGGUGGACAGACAAAACCCAUCGCCCGCAAGAAGGCCAAAACCACCAAGAAAAUUGUAUUAAGGAUGGAGUGCACUGAAUGCAAGUACAGAAAACAGAUUCCUCUCAAGCGUUGCAAGCACUUCGAGCUUGGUGGUGACAAGAAGAGGAAGGGCCAGAUGAUUCAGUUCUAAGAAGUUUUUAUUGUUUAAGGAACUGUAUUUAAUAUAAAAACAAAAUAAAUCCUAGAAAAUUUGUAAAA